CUUUUGACUUUAAAAACAGAAGUUCCAAUCAUGACCGAGGAGCAAAAGCAGGAUUUAAAUCCCCUGACCAUAAAGAUCAAGUGUGCUUCCUGCCUUCCGUCACAGCCUGUGCCCAUUCAGGAACUAGAGAGGCUGUGCAUGCCCGUGUACUGCAAGUACCAGUUCCAUAAGACUCCAGUUCACAAGACCAAGGGGGAGCCCCAUGGAACCCACGUUUAUUUCCAGGACAUCAACGUCAUCUUCCUUGGGGCGCUGCAUCCCAGUGACCUAAGGGAAUACCUGGAGGGUCCCCCCAUGGUGGUGGAAGUUCACGACCGGGACCGCAAGUCAGAGGAGUUUUCUCAGAAGCCCGUGCUGUUUGGGGAGGACCCCCUGGAUUCAUACCUCAACUUCCGGGCCCUCAUCUCUCCCAGAGAGACAGAGAACAACCCCUUUGAGUCCCAGAACAAGAUGUGGUACCCUUAUGGGAUCGCCCAGGUCAGUUUUGCUGACCUCCUCCUUGGCCACAAGUAUUUGAACCUGGCCGUCCCCAUCCACAGCUGUGAGGUUCAGCCCACACACUGCAGCCAGGACAGCAUGAGAAGGAAGGUUGUGGGGCUUGGGGUCCCCAGAGAUGGCCACCAGCAUGGCCCAAUGCCCAUGGGCAACUACCUAGAGGCUGACUCCCAGCUCAAGUUGCGAGUGGAUAUCGCGGUGCCACUGAGGGCCGGGGCCAGAGCUGCCGAUCCCGACCUCGGGGGCUCCCAGUUUGGCCGCAUCAUCUUCGUCUUUGACUUUAAGAAGGUCUCCCUGCUCCACAGCCUGCUGCAGGACAUCACUAUGAUCAACGCUAAGGCCCUCGGCCUGGACUCCUACCCCGUCAGGACCCUGCAGCAGAUCCUGUCGGCCUUCAAGAUGCGUGUGCGGGUCCAGGAGCAGCAGUACCUGGAUGUACUCACCGGCUUCCACCUGCUGGACGGGAAGACCCACCUUUUCAUCCUGGAAGGCCUGGCCAACCAAGGCUUGAGGCAGCUGUGGGAGAACCACCAAAGCUGGAUUCCCAGGUCAGAACACGGGAAAUACAAGGUGCUGUACAACUCGCAGCUGCUGUUCCGCAGCCGGCUCUAUGGGGACCUGGAGGCCAUCCUGUACCAUGUGCACCUCUUCCAGCCCACGGAGCUGCUGCUGCAGCAGGCGGUGCUUUUCCUGCGAGACACUGAGUGGAGGCGGGUCUUCCAGGCACUGACCAGGAUCCACGACAUCUGCUAUAACAGCACCACCCUCUGGGACGUGAUGGUGAGGAACUUGCUGCCCUCCUCUGCUAUGAUCAAAGACUUGAGCCAAGAGUUUGGGAUGCCCCUUUCGCAAGAAGAACUCACAGAUGAGAAACUGUUCGCCCUACCACCUCAGCCCGCCCCCAAUCUUGAGGACUACCACGGUCGGGACUCCAGCCUCACCUUAGAGAUCCAUGCCCACCAGGAGCCAAGAAAGAGAUUCACGUACUCACAGGAUUACCUCUCAGCCAUGGUGGAGCCCCUGGACUUGAAGGAAGAGGAGAAGAAAGCCCAGAAGAAAUCCCGCCAAGCCUGGCUCACAGCCAGGGGAUUCCAAGUGACAGGUCUUCAGAGCGACACUGAAGGCAGCUUUCAGGAUCUCAAGCUGCCACCCAUCAAAGAGCUGAAUGAGGAGUGGAAGGAAAACUCCCUGUUUGCUAACGUACUGGAGCCUGUGUUGGAUCGAGACCGGUGGAGCUGGGACAGGCACCACGUGGACUUUGAUCUGUACAAGAAGCCACCACCUUUCCUCAAGCUGCCCCCUUCACCUGCACCAACUCCUGUAACAGGCAGGAAGAAGAAAAGGAACGGCCCCAUCUCCUGAACAGCACAGACCCUCCCACAGCCACCGCAUGGUGAACUUGCACACCCUCCCCCACACCCGCCCACACCCUCCUCAACAAUUAACUUCAUUAAAGUGCAGCAGGACAGA